AUGAACGGCGUCCAAUUCACAGACAGAGCCAACAAGGCUCUGCUAGACUCCAGCAGUCUAGCUGAACAAUACUCCCACUCCCAGAUCCUUCCCGUUCACCUCGCUGUCUCCCUCCUCAACCCUGCCCCCGAUGAGUCCAAAGACCAACAAGCCACCGCCCACCCGUCGCAUGAUGGCGCAUCCGCACCCCUCUUCCGCCAGGUUAUUGAACGGGCACAUGGUGACCCUCAGCUCCUCGAACGUUCUCUCAUGAAACAACUUGUUCGGUUACCUAGUCAAGACCCCCCGCCAGAGACUGUCAGUGUGGCCCCCGCAUUGGCCAAGGUCAUCCGCUCUGCGACCGACUUGUCCAAGACGCAAAAGGAUAGUUUCGUUGCUGUUGAUCACUUGAUUCUGUCCGCUGCGCAGGACUCGCAGGUGCAGCGGUGUUUGUCAGAUGCGAACAUUCCCAAUGUCAAGUUGAUCGAUACUGCUGUUCAGCAGAUCCGGGGCACAAGGCGGGUGGAUUCGAAGACUGCAGACUCCGAGAGCGAGACGGAGAACUUGAAGAAGUUUACGAUUGAUAUGACAUCGUUGGCAAGAGAAGGAAAGAUUGAUCCGGUUAUCGGUCGUGAAGAAGAGAUUCGACGGGUUAUCCGGAUUCUCAGUCGACGGACCAAGAACAACCCCGUUCUCAUCGGUGAGCCUGGUGUUGGUAAGACGACGGUUGUCGAAGGUUUGGCCCGUCGUAUUGUCAACGCCGAUGUUCCCGCCAACUUGGCCCAAUGCCGUCUGCUCUCGCUGGACGUUGGUUCCCUGGUCGCGGGAAGCAAGUUCCGCGGAGAGUUCGAAGAGCGGAUGAAGGGUGUCUUGAAGGAGAUUGAAGACUCCAAGGAGACAAUCGUUUUGUUCGUGGAUGAAAUUCACCUGCUCAUGGGUGCGGGCUCCAGCGGUGAGGGUGGCAUGGACGCAGCAAACCUCUUGAAGCCCAUGUUGGCCCGUGGUCAGUUGCACUGCAUUGGUGCUACCACUCUGAGCGAAUAUCGCAAGUACAUCGAGAAGGACCAAGCAUUCGAACGACGAUUCCAGCAAGUCCUGGUGGGCGAACCAUCGCAAUCCGAGACCAUUUCUAUUCUCCGUGGCCUGAAGGAGAAGUACGAAGUGCACCACGGUGUCAACAUUCUGGACGGUGCUAUUGUCGCCGCUGCCACUCUGGCAUCGCGUUAUCUCACAGCCCGUCGUCUGCCCGACUCGGCUGUCGAUCUCAUUGAUGAAGCCGCUGCUGCCGUCCGCGUCACACGCGAAUCCGAACCCGAGGCGCUCGACACCCUCGAGCGUAAACUGCGACAGCUUCAGAUUGAAAUUCAUGCUCUGGAGCGUGAAAAGGACGAAGCUUCCAAGGCGCGUCUGGAGGCCGCCAAGCAAGAAGCCGCCAACGUUGCUGAGGAACUGCGACCCAUGCGUGAGAAGUACGAGAGUGAAAAAGCACGCAGCAAGUCCAUCCAGGACGCCAAGAUCAAGCUUGACUCGCUCAAGGUCAAGCGUGACGAGGCUGAACGAUCUGGCGACACCCAGACUGCGGCCGACUUGGAGUACUACGCCAUUCCCGAAACCAAGACGUUGAUCGAGAGACUCGAAACAGACCGAGCCAAUGCUGAUGCGGAGCGUCGGGCCCGCCAGGGUGACCACGAAGAGUCCUUGCUUGCGGAUGCAGUUGGCCCUGAUCAGAUCAACGAGAUUGUCGCACGCUGGACAGGCAUUCCCGUGACUCGCCUCAAGACUACCGAGAAGGACAAGCUCCUCAACAUGGAGAAGUACCUUGGCAAGAUCGUCGUGGGUCAGAAGGAAGCUGUAACCUCGGUCUCCAACGCCAUCCGUCUUCAACGCUCUGGUCUCAGCAACCCCAACUCACCACCUAGCUUCCUCUUCUGCGGCCCAUCUGGUACGGGUAAGACACUGCUUACCAAGGCAUUGGCGGAAUUCCUCUUCGACGACCCCAAGGCCAUGAUCCGCUUCGACAUGUCUGAGUACCAAGAACGGCACUCCCUCAGCCGUAUGAUCGGCGCACCACCGGGCUACGUCGGCCACGACGCUGGUGGCCAGCUAACAGAAAACCUUCGUCGCCGCCCCUUCUCCAUCCUCCUCUUCGACGAGGUCGAAAAGGCCGCGAAGGAAGUCCUCACCGUCCUUCUCCAGCUCAUGGACGAUGGCCGCAUCACAGACGGCCAAGGCCGUAUCGUGGACGCGCGCAACUGCAUCGUGGUCAUGACCUCCAACCUAGGUGCAGAGUUCCUCGCCCGCCCAGCAUUGAAGAACGGCGCCAUCGAUCCUCAAACCCGCGAACUCGUCCUGGGUGCUCUGCGGGACUACUUCCUCCCCGAGUUCCUCAACCGUAUCUCCUCCACCGUCAUCUUCAAUCGCCUUACCAAGCGCGAGAUCCGCAAAAUCGUCGACCUCCGCCUCGCCGAAGUCCAGCGCCGCCUCGAACAGAACGACCGCAACGUCACCAUUUCCUGCACCGAAGAAGUCAAAGACUACCUCGGUGAAUCCGGGUACUCACCUGCAUACGGCGCACGGCCACUCGGCCGCAUCAUCGAAAGAGAGGUACUCAACCGCAUGGCUGUCCUUAUUCUGCGGGGAAGUAUCCGCGACGGUGAGGUCGCAAGGGUUGUCAUGGUUGAUGGACGGAUUACAGUCUUGCCGAAUCAUGAGUUGCCAGAUACUGACGAGGAUGAUGAGGAUAUGAUUGAUUCGGACGAGGUGUCGACAGAUGGGGAUAUGGAUUUGUAUGAUGAAUAA